UGUUGGAGUAGGCAUGCUUUUAGCACUAGUGCAAAGAGUGAUGACUUAACUAACAAUAUGUCUGAAUCCUUCAACAAGUGGUACAAGCCCAUAGUGUCUCUUUUUGAGUGCAUAAGGAGAAAUUGGAUGGUUAAGGCAAUGGACAGAUAUGAAAAGGUUUCAAAUGACAACAAUGUUCUUCUUCCAAAGAUUGCAAAGUGGGUUUCCAAGCAAAGACAUUUUGGAAGGAAGAGUGAGGCUGGCAAUGGAAAGCGAAGCGGAAAAUAUCGGUAAAAGAACAGCCGAUACCAUGGAUCUUACCACAGACAUGGAUGUAGAGACCGAGCCGGCGACUGUGGCCGCCACGAAGCCAGAGCCGACGAACAACAACGAAAGCUUGAGAGGUUUACUCGCAUUGUCUCGCCAACUCAUCAACGAAGGGAAGCCUUCUUUAGCUCUCCAAGCGGUGGUGAUGGCAAUGAGAUCUAAUGGUGGAGAGGCGGCUGUGUUCCAAACCUUACAUCGUGCUCGUGAGUUAUACAGAAGUAAAUUGCAAGCAAAUGCUGCUGUUGAUGAGUUGGCUUCUUUAUUUGCAGAAUGUGCAAUUGCGGAAGCAUGUCCAAUAGAAUCCAGCAGAUCAUCAUCAUUUGCUUCGGUCUCAGUGGGGCCAUCGCCAUCCAUCAUGUCAGACGUUCAUAGAAACUCUAUUCUUGCCAAAACUGGUAGGGAGCAAAUUGUGUUAGAUGCCUUUUCAGAUGGGAGCAGCUUCAUAUGUUUACAGUGUGGGGGCCUAGUGAGUAAUCAUCGCAAAGAGGAGCACCUUGCGUAUUGGUGUUGCCAAAUCUAACCAUGGAAAGGUAUUGAUAUUUUACACAGCUUAGCCUCUGCAUAAUUGGUUUGGUGAGGUCAAAUAUGACGAUGAUAUGGCAAGGUUACAUGGGUUGAAUACCUAUUUUGCAUAAUAUGUAAAUGCUUUUAGAAAUAUGUAUAAUUACCAUAUUGCUUUCAUAAUUGUAUUUUGCUUUCUUGCUUGUGUGCUGAAGAUGUCAGCUGAGUUUCGUUUGGCAUAUUAUCACCGCUUCAGUUUAAAGUCAAACUAUCUCUAGUCUCUUUGGAGGGAGCGAACUUUCACGGAUAUAUCUGUCUGUAAGACUCUUUUCAUGUCUUGUAUCUUGAAGGGCCAGUAAUGUGUUGGUAAGAGGAACUUGAGCAGCUUAAGUCAAUGUUUCUCGUUCUCGCUAUUUAUAGAAGUGCUUAUGAUAAGGUGAAUGGGCACUUGCGAGCCACCAGUUUUGGUGCAUGUGAAAUGGGAUGUUUUCAUUUUUAAUUUGGCCCCCAUUCACCUAAAAUGAACCUGAAGCAAUGUUUUGAUAAGCCCAGUAAAGGUGGGUUUCAGGCUUUCAGCCUGAGAUUUUACCAGUUCAAGUAAUGAAGCAUCGAUCCAGAUAAUUCUAGUGAAUUCUCCUGUUACAUGUUAAAGCUCCGAAGCAAUGAAGUGGCAUGAAAUUUUAUUGUAUUGGUCUAUGUACGAAAAAAGAUUUGUUUGGAUUGCACUAGUAAGGAAGUGAUUUGUUUGUCUGUUUUCA